AUGGGUUUAUUCGAGAGCUUGACGGCGGCCAACCCGUUCUACAUCGCGGGCUCCGUCUUCGGGGCCUACCUCCUACUUCUGGUUUUCUUCAGAGUCAGAUUGGAGUAUUUGAUAAGCAAGUCUGGCGGUGUAAGAGCUCCGAUCAUUGCCUCCAACCCUUUUACAGCCAUUCCAGUAUUCCUGAGGAUUGGACGUUAUCAACUCAAGCACCAGCUCCUCGAAGGCUUCAACACUCUCUUCAGCGUCGCAACACCCGAGUCUCCAAAUACUAUCGAGAUAGGCUUCUCGGGCAAGCUCCGCUUUCUCAUCACCAGGGAGCCAGAGCACAUCAAGACGAUCCUUACCUCCAAGUUUGCCGACUUUGGAAAGGGUCCCAUGUUUCAUCAAGUCUGGUCUCCGUUCCUGGGCGACAGCAUCUUCACCACCGACGGCAAGACAUGGCAGGAUAACCGGAGCUUGAUCCGGCCCAUGUUUAUCAAGGACCGGGUCAGUGACUUGCACAUCUUUGACAAGUGGACCAACACCAUGAUGGAUAAGUUCCCGGCAUCCGGGGUUACGUUUGAUAUUUCGGAUCUCUUCUACCGCAUGACACUUGAUGUGACAACCGACUUCCUGCUUGGACAUGGGGUCAACAGUCUUGGCAACCCAAAGCAUCACUUUGCGCAUGCUUUCAAUGAAGUCCAAAGCUAUCAAAUGUUUUUCACCAUCAUGUCACCCUUUGAGAAGAUCCUGCCCCACGGCACUUACAAGCGCGGUAUCAAGGUUAUCGAGGAGUUCAUCCAUCCCUUCAUACAGGAAGCUCUGGCCUUGCCGCCAUCAGAGCUCGAGAAGCUCUCCAAAUCGGACAAGGACUUUACUUUCCUACACAACAUUGCUCGUUUCACGCGCGACCCAAAAAUCAUCCGUGACCAGCUUGUUGCUAUCCUUCUCGCCGGUCGCGAUACCACUGCCGCAACGCUCUCGUGGACCCUGUACGAGCUCUCGCACUACCCGGCCACUUAUGCCAAGCUACGCAACGAGGUCUUGACGACCUUGGGACCGACGAGGGCGCCGACCUAUGAGGACCUCAAGAGCAUGAGGUACCUGACCAACUGCCUCCAGGAGACGCUGCGCCUAUACCCCGCGGUGCCGUUCAAUGUGCGCUCCGCGUUGACGACGACGACGUUACCCGGUAGGAACGGCAACCCCGACAUCGCGGUGAUCGAGGGGGAUUCCGUCGUGUACAGCACGCUUGCGAUGCAAAGAAGGCGGGACCUGUACCCCGAGGUCUCGGAGACGUUUGCGGACCCGGCCAUCUACAGCCCCGAGCGUUGGGAGAAUUGGCAACCAAAGCCGUGGCAGUAUGUGCCGUUCAACGGCGGCCCAAGAAUCUGUGUUGGGCAGAACUUUGCGAAUACAGAGAUGGCUUAUACGAGUAAAUACUGGCCCUAUCCCCCAACGCCCCUCCCUCUGCUUUCUGUCUUCCACCUUGUGGUGAGAAUUCUACAAAAGUUCGACAAGCUCGAAUACCGUGGAGACUGGAAUGCGCAAGUCAUCAGGGCCGAGAUCGUCGGCGCGCCAGGCCAUGGCGUUCCUAUCGCGCUUUUCGAGGCUGUCGAUGGCGAGAUGGCUUGA